AUUUCCUCCGACGGCUCUUGAAACUACCUUUGUUUACAAACCACAACCACAACGAAGAUGGCCGCCGCAUCCCCCGAUCUCAAGAAGCUGACGACGCUAAAUGUCAGCGUUGUCCGGUGGGACGACAGCAAGCAGUGGUCCAAGGCGCUGACUGAUUUCAUCCCCGAGUUAAUUCGCCACCGAUACAAUGAGUUUCGCCCCGAUGACUACCUUUGGGCCGAGUUCGAGGACUUCCUCAUGUGUCGCCUAAAGUACAACCCAAGGAAGGAAAUCGUCGUCUUUUGCCCAUAUAGCUCGGAUAGCAAAGAAAAGCGAAAACGGGAGGUGACGGACCAGCGUGUUUGGAUAGACAUCCUCAACGACAUCACCAAGAACGUCAUCGUGGUGUCGGAAUAUGGCCAACUCUGCUUCACGGUGUUGCCUCAAAAGAACGCCAAACAAACCACAUCCACGUCGCCUAACGCGGUAGAGAACUGGCAACGUGUCGCCCCGCCGAUCAGUGACGAGUGGAUCCAUAUUGACCUGCCCCUGUUUAAGGGACCGCCUCCACCGCCGCCCAAUUCACGGCGCGCUGUUAUCGAGAUUCAGGAAUACGACGAUUAUUCUGACGAGGACCGUGGCGCAAUCGACGGGCUGUACAAGUUCGUAUACCAUGGCGAGGACAGCGGGGAUUCAUCCGACGAGACCCUCGUUUCGGACUCGGAGUCGACUUACAGCGGCUACGAUGACCCCGUCCUAGUCCCUACACCCGCCUCGUCCGAGGAGGGCGACUCCCGUUCUACCCGGGGUACGCCCUCCGCCCGCGGGACUCCCUCCGCGCGCGGCACCCCGUCCGCACGGGGCCAACCAUUGCCCCGGCCCACAACCGCCCGGGGCACACACCCCAACACACGGGGCACCCGCGGCGGCGUCUGCGGCAGCAGAGGAACCAAAACACCCCUCCCAUCGCGCGGCAACACCCCCACCACCAAACCCCCAAGCAGCACAACCACAACCCCCAUCUCCUCCACCAAAGCCCGCAAACCCACCAUCACCAAACCCCUCUCCACAACCAGAAGCACACCCACCCCCCCACCCGCCGCCGCCGCAGCACCCCCCUCCCCCGCAGUCAACUCCAUCCCGGCCGCGACCUACCUCAACCUAGUCGACCUAGUCGCCGCCGACUACCACACGGCGAGCACAUCCGACAGCGACUACGGCGCGCUGGACCUCGGCACCACCGUCGACGCCUACGUCGGCAGCUACAACGCGGGCGACUCCGAGGCCGAGUGGGCGCGCUGUUUGGAGUUUUUCAGGGUUAAUGCGGGCGAGUACCGGAAGCGGGAGGCGCUUGCUAGGGUGCCGAUGAAGAAAUUGCCCGGGAUGGUGGUGGGCUUGUUUGAUUACCAGCUGAUGGGGGUGUUUAAAUUGGCUGGGUUUGGGUUGAUGGAUGUUGCGGGCGGGUUGGUGUGUGAUGAGCAGGGGCUGGGCAAGACGCAGGAGAUGUAUGGCGUGGUGGCGUUUGCGCAUGCGCUGAGGAAGUGUAGGGCUGAGGUCAAGGCUGCGUGGCGGGCUGUGGUGGUUCCCGGGGGUCCGAAGCCGAAGGGGUGCCCCAGCCGGCAUAAUGCGCCUGGCGCGGUGGGGGCGAGGGCUUGUCCGUUCGAUGAGCGGUAUGGGUUCCAGUGCUACUGCUACUCGGAGCUGACGCGGGAGCUGGCGGACCGGCUGCCCGAGGGGCCGAACGUGGUGGUGGCGCCGGCAAGGAGCUGCGCGUCCAUGGUCAGGGAUGCGAAGACAAAGUUGGAUACCAAGGUGUUCAAGAUCCGUGGCUUCUACGAGGGCGGCGACAAGGAGGACAAGCUGACGCCGGCUGAGGUUAAGGCCUUGCGUGCCGCCAUCACGGGAACCAACGGCGACCACAAGUACCAGGCCGGUAGCGGGCAGAGCGACUACAUUAUUGUGGUCUCGCCCGAGUUCAUCCCUCGUCUCAACGGCCUGUUCAGUAUCGACGUCCCUGGGGCGAAGAGUAAAAAGAGCGCGCUGCUGCCCGGUAUGAUCCUCAUGGACGAGUUCCACGAGUAUGCCAUCGCCAAGGAAGGCGAGGCGAGCCGGAUCGUGGCGUGGCUUCAGCAUCUCAAGAAGUGCUGCCUCGACUCACAACGGCCGACCCCGUUGAUGUACUUCGUCUCGGGCACUCCCAUUGGUGAGACCCCGGCCGACAUCCGCCCGACCAUCUCUCUCCUCGAGAAGGAGGCCUGGAAGGACAAGGCUCAUUCGUUGAGCGGCGCUACUGUUACUUCGUUCGACGAGCUCGUCGACACCUUCGACAGGCUCACAGGAAUCCAAGCUGGCGGAGAGGCACUUGCCACUUCAGACAUUAUCGACUACCGCCGCCGGCUCGACCGCGUCCUCAAGCACACCAUGGUACGCCGACUGGGCACCGACCAGUUCCAAGGCCGCAACCUAACCGACAUUGGGCCGCUCAAGGUCAACAUCACCGACCACAACCUGCCCUUCCCGCUGACGGACAGCAUGCAAGCGCUCGCCAACAGCACCCGCGAACUCGCCGUGGCAGCCGCCGCCAAGCAAGGCAUCCCCCUGCCGCGUUUCCUACGCAGCAAGGCAGGCGAAGGCCUCUUCCUCAAACUCCGGCUCGCGUCCACCUUCCCCGGCAUCGCCGCACCCAACGCCUCCGACUUCACCUUCACGGCCUCCGAAGUCCACACCCACCUCACCGCCAGCAAAGGCGACGUGACCAAAACCCCCUACCACACCCACAUCCCCGCCUGGUCGGCCGCAAGCCCCAAGCUCGAAACCCUCUCCCAAACCAUCUCCACCAUGCUCGCCGACAAGACCCCCAUCCCGGGAUCCCACAGCACCCUCAAAAAGCUCUGCAUCUUCACGCCCCUCGAAGCCGAAGCAGUCCUCCUCCAAAGCUACCUCCUCCUCAAGCGCAGCCACCCCGCCUUCCGGGGCCUCAAACCCACCCUCCUCCACAGCACGCUCACCCAAACCGAGCGCCAGCGCGUCCUCGACAAUUUCCUCACCGAGGGCCACGCCCCGCCCAACGUGCUCGUCGCGCCGCUGGCGCUAGCCGGCACGGGGCUGAACCUGCAGCGGGCGCGGUACAGCACGGUGACGGGGCCCGCGUGGACGAAGCGCGAGAACCAGCAGGCGUAUUACCGGAUCCAUCGGGUCGGGCAGCGGCAGGAGACGCGGUUGGCGCUGCUGACGGCGAGGUGGAAUCCGGCGGAGAGGGUGGUGCUCGGGGGGUAUGAGGGACGGGGCGUGGAGGGGGAUGGGCUAGGGAAGGAGGUGUGGGAGGUGGGGAAUUGGUUCUGUUGUGGCGGGGAGGGCGAGAGGGGGGGGUUGGUGGAGCGGCAUCAGGCGGCCGCGUAG